AUGUCUUUUUCAGAAAAAAGUAAAUAUAAUUCCUAUUCAAAUUGUUCAAAUCCUGUUAAGGAGGGAAAGAAAAGUCUUUCAAAUACUUUUUGCACAAUUGCGAGCAAGGCAACUUCACUAACAAAAAACAUCUUGUCUACUUUUAGGCUAUGCUCACCCUACAAAACAGACGAGAGUUUGAAGCGUCCAAAGAUCCUCAUUCUAGGGACGGGAUGGGGAUUUAUGAAGCUGUCAAAAGGCUUAGACGUUUUUUCUAACGAUGUUAAAGUAAUAAGUCCAAACAAACACUUCUGUUUUACGCCUCUUCUUACACAGAUCGUUUCAAAUAGGCUUCCAAAAGAAGUGUGCGAAAUCCCUCUAAGUGAACUCACGUUUAGAGGAAAUAAAGAGAUGAUCAAACAUAUUAAAGGGUUAGCUUUGGAUAUUGAUAAGGAAAAAAAACAAGUUAUAUAUUUUGAUUCCGAUCAGAAUAAGCAGGAAAGAAUUUCCUAUGACUAUCUUAUUAUCAACGUUGGUAAUGAAAACUCAAAUAUUAUUCCUGGUCUCAAGGAAAAUGCACUUUACUUAAAAAAUGUGGAAGACUCCAUAAAGAUGAGAGAUGCAGUUGUUGGCUGUAUUAAGGAGGUUAAUGCCAAUUGGGAUAAAAUGAGUGACGAUGAGAAACAUAAAAAGCUCACAUUUAUUGUUGCUGGAGGAGGCCCUACAGGAGUCGAAGUUUCAGGUGCAUUUGCAGAGUUAACCAAAGAUUUCUUUUCUAAAAAUGAAUACAAGAGACUUGCUCCAUUUCUUAAUAUUAAGAUUGUAGAAAUGGCAAAUAAACUAUUACCCAUAGCUAGUGAUAAGGUUUCAGAGUAUGCAAAAUACAUCCUUAGUUCAAAGGCAGGAAUUGAAGUCAUGUUGGAAACCAAGCUCAAAAGUGUUUCCAAAGACUCUGUUACAAUUGAGAAGAAAGGCGGAGUUGAGGAGGUAAUUCCAUAUGGAGUUUUUGUUUGGGCAAGUGGAGCCUCUCCUAAUUCAUUUACAAAACAAAUCUGCGAAAAAGUUGAGGAGCAGACAUUCUUUAAAAAGGCUAUUUUGGUUAAUGAAAGACUUCAAGUUCAUGGAAUCCCCAAUGCAUAUGCACUCGGAGAUUGUGCUCUAGUUAGGCCUAGUAAACUGGCAGAUAGGUCAAAGGAGAUUUACCAGAGUGCUUUAAAGUCAUCAUUUGGGCCUACUGUUAAUUACCUUAAAAACAACUUUUCUGCUGAGGCCUUUCCUCAGAUGUUUAACUUAUCAAAAGCCGAGAACCUUCCAAAAAAUGAUGAGAUUCUAAGUGAAGAAAACUUAAAGACUUUACUUGAAAAACUGGAUUCUAUGUACCGCUCUCCACCACCUACUGCUCAGGGAGCAUCUCAACAAGGAGAGUACCUUGUGAAUCUGUUCAACAAUUACCCAUCAGAAAAUGAAAAGCAAAAGUGCCCAGCAUUCAUUUACAAUUGGAAAGGUGCUACCUGUUAUAUUUAUGAUGAUAACAUUGUUUUCUACACUCCAUUCGGAAGCAUGUUAGGUGGAUACCACACACAGUUUAUCUGGCGAUUAGCGUAUACUACUUUAAACCCAAGUUCGAAUUCCCGAAUUUUACUUUCAAGAAAUUGGUUUAAUCCAUUUAAAAAGUUUAUUGGAGGGUAUGCAAACGAUGAAAUUUACAAAAUGAGUUUUUCUAAUUAA